CCCCGCGCCCGCGCCCCCGCCCGCGCCCCCGCGCCCCGCCAUGGCGGUCAGCGACAUCUUCGUGGAGCUGCAGGCCUUCCUGGCCGCCGAGCAGGACAUCCGGGAGGAGAUUCGGAAAGUGGUCCAGACUUUAGAACAAACGGCCCGAGAGAUUUUAACUCUGCUGCAAGGAGUUCAUCAAGGCUCCGGAUUUCAGGACAUUCCAAAGAAGUGCCUGAAAGCUCGAGAACAUUUUGGCACAGUAAGAACUCAGUUAACAUCGCUGAAGACUAAGUUUCCUGUGGAGCAGUACUAUAGAUUUCAUGAACACUGGCGGUUUGUCCUGCAACGCUUGGUCUUCCUGGCGGCUUUUGUCGUGUAUUUGGAGUCAGAGACUUUAGUGAGUCGAGAGGCUGUCACAGAAAUACUUGGAAUUGAACCAGAGCGAGAGAGAGGAUUCCACUUGGAUAUUGAGGACUAUCUUUCCGGAGUUUUAAUUCUCGCCAGCGAACUGUCCCGGCUGUCGGUCAACAGUGUCACUGCCGGGGAUUACUCCCGUCCCCUCCACAUCUCCACUUUCAUCAAUGAGCUGGAUUCCGGCUUCCGCCUCCUGAACCUGAAAAAUGACUCACUGAGGAAGCGCUACGAUGGCCUGAAGUACGACGUGAAGAAGGUGGAAGAAGUGGUCUACGACCUGUCGAUCCGAGGGUUCAACAAGGAAGCAGCGGCCGCUUGCGCUGAGAAAUAGGGGAGGUUCUCUGCCCCGCCGCCGGCCUUGUGUACCUCAGAGGGCUGCCAUUGGGAGGGAGGGACUUUCACGUCCCCCCUCCUCUGAUAGUUUUAGGAGACCCAAACACUGAAUACGGAUCUUUAUUUUCUUACCAAUUGUGCGGUGCAGGUUGCGGGUAUGAGAAAGCCAACACGUUUUCUAGGAAUAAUCAGAAUGGCUCUUCAAGGACUGAAUUCCCAUUGUUGUUAAUGCCAGCGAAGGCGCGCUUUAGUCAUCCGGGGUCUGUCCGUCCCGUGAACCGCAGCAGUGGCCGCGAGCGACGUCAACGGGUAGCCCUCGGGCUCGCUCCGACUUUCUGUCGAACAGUUUGCCGCCCCGUUGUCGUGGCCUGCCAGCGGUGAGCCUUCCUAGCCUUCACACACGUACACACCCUCAGAGGGAGAGACACAGAUAGGGCGGUAGUAAUAUAGGAAAAAUGAACGGCCUGCUUCCUUACUACACACGGCUGACUUUUUUUGACUUCAAACCUUGGCGGGAGAAGUUGUAUUUUGGCUACUCCCCCGGUUCCCUCGGGCCUAGUUCUCCAAAAAGGAAAAAUUGGCCCUGUUGAAUUGGCGCAGUUCAGGUUUUCAGCGGGCGUCCUUGCAUCUGUCCCUUUUUAAAUAAUAAAUACCACUUCCACGUAGAGAAACGGGGCUUUCCCCUUUAGCAGAUGUUUGUGUUUUUGGUGUUCCCUUCCCCUGCUGCGCGUCUUGGUCUCACGUUGUCAUCUCUCUAUCGCCAGCACUCUGUGUGUCCCAGUUCCACAGUCCGCAGAGGCCAGCGCUAAGUCUGGGCUGCCGGCGGUAUGCAGUAUAUAUAUCCUUUAUACUGACUACUUGAAAACAGUGAGCGGUUAGGUGUCCUUUUGUGGAUCUGUGAAUAAAAGAAACAAGAUUUUGUAUAUUUUUAUAUUCAUUUGGCAUAACAGGUCUGUUACUGAACGGUGCCCAGACACCAGAUGUGUGGUUCUUGAUUUCUGAUGACAGUUAAAGCCUAUAGGACAAACUUCAGGGUUUUGGUUUUUUUUGUCAUCAUCUUCCAAAAUUUCAUUUUUAAAUGAAACAUCCGAUUUUCUCUAAUUCCUGGAUGAGCAAUUUAUAACCCUGACCUGACUUAAAGCUUGCUUUCCGAAGCUGGUGGAGGAGAGAUUACUGGAAUUGCUUUUGGAAAAGCGCGUCCUGCCCCUUCUCUGUUGCCUGUUGUCUCUGCUUCUUCCUUUCUCUAAAGCAGUGGGCAAUAAUAGUCGGAGAAACAGUAGCGCGUAGAAACGGAUCUGUAGUCGAGCGGGCGGCCGCCUUUCCACCCUCAGGCCCACCGCUGAUUUUCCGUGACCCCGUCGUUCGAUCUCGAGGCAACUUGAUCUCCCGACUGCGAAAAGGGGCAGAGGGUAUUUGCCACCCGGUUGGACGAGGGUGUUAGGUGGAGGGUUGAGGUGGCGGCCUCGCGCUCGAGCAGAGAGAAGAGGCUCUGAGGUUCGAAGAGAUCAGUGGUAUUUAACCCAGAGCCCAAACCGGCUCGGUCCUCCCACGCGGAACGUAGAUCGGGUACGCUCCCGUCGUCCCUAGGCGCCGAAACCUGUUUGAAGGGAGCGGAAAUGAGGCUCCAAAGAGCUUAGGGAAUUUGGGGCAAACUGUGGAUUUUUUCAGCCCCGUGAUCCCCGUCGAGCGGCUGGGAAAGAUGCGUCGGAAGUCCUCUCGGGCUUACGGAGGUUUGUCCCGUGGGCCGACGUAAUCCGUCACUCCCCAUCGGGGCUGGGGAGGAUUUUCAAGUGGACUACGUAGGAGGUGAAGUUUUUGACAGUAGGUUUAGAGGUUUUUGCGGGGGGGUUUGGGGCCUUGUAACUACAUGUUCUGAGUUGCUUAAGAGAUUAAAAGUGCUGUGGAAAUCAGGGGAGGAUAACUGGAGAAGUUGGAGCGGAGUUGAGGAAUAGGAGCGCAACACACUCUUGUAGAGGGAAUAGUCAGGUGACCAAAGAGAGCAGCUUGGAUGCGUGUCUUGUUAAUUCUUCCAUUGUAUUUGUCGCUGCGGGUGUGUUGUAAGCAAUAAAACCGAUUUUUGUUU